CUGGAAGCGGAAGACCGCGGAGAGGAAGAUGAAGAGGCUCUUCGGUGACGUCACUUCCGCCCAUUCGGUCGAUCAAAAUGGCUGCCGUCCUGGAGCGAAUUGAUAACCGUGUCGGUUCCUUGGAUUCCGACGUUGUGUUAACAAAACAAGCCGCUCCGUCACUGGAUCAGCCCCACCAGAAUAACCCCCUUUUAGGACUGCCUAUCGUGGCCAUCGAGACCAUUCUCCAUUUUUUGUCUUACGAUGAAAUCAGUUUGCUGCGCUCGGUAUGCAAGCGUAUGGAUAUGAUCUGCCAGCGGGUUCUUAAUCAGGGCUUCCUGAAGGUGGAGCGGUAUCACAGCAUGUGUCAGAGGCAAGUCAAGGCUCAACUUCCCAGACGAGAGUCAGAACGUAGAAAUCAUUCUUUGGCUCGUCAUGCUGACAUUCUGGCUGCAGUGGAGACGCGCCUUUCUCUUCUCAACAUGACCUUUAUGAAAUAUGUCGACUCCAACCUCUGCUGCUUCAUCCCUGGAAAGGUCAUAGAUGAGAUCUACCGUGUGCUGCGAUACGUCAACUCCACCAGAGCUCCACAGAGAGCUCAUGAGGUUCUGCAAGAGUUGAGAGACAUCUCCUCCAUGGCGAUGGAGUACUUUGAUGAGAAGAUUGUUCCCAUUCUGAAGAAAAAGCUACCAGGAGCCGACUUGUGCAGCCGCCUGAUUGGCUCUACUCCUGUGGCCGGUCCGUCGAGUUCCCUGACCACCAUGUCCCUGCUGGCCAAGAACGCGCCAUCACGCUCGGAGAUGACCAAGGUGCAGCAGCAAGUGAAGGUAAACGGUGCGUCUGUGACGGUCUUGCGGCGGGAGAUGCAGGAGAUCCGUGUCAAGCAGCUGGAGCAACAGAAGCAGCUGCAGGACCAAGAGCAGAAGCUGCUGGAGCAGACGCAGGUCAUCGGCGAGCAGAACGCCCGCCUUGCCGAGCUUGAGCACAAACUGCGUGAACUCAUGGACAGUAACGCCGCCGCCAUGGGAGGAUCCACCAGCAGAACAUCUGUCCCCUCCACGUCCAGCAACACUCCUCUGUCUUCUUCUGCGUCCAGCCUGGCUGCCAUGGGCUUGGCAGGAAGCAGGGCGGAGGCCUCCUCGCCGGCCAGAGAACCGCCACGCGAGGGAGAGAUAUCCCUAAAGCGCACCAGAAAGAGCUCAGACCUUUUACGAAAGUCAAAACGCUUGCGCAGUAAGAAAUAGAGACGUUUAUGUCGUUUAUUUAAAUAUUCCGUUUGUUGUGGAUGAUUGGUUCUAGUGGUCACUCCUCAUCCCGCUUCUCUUUCCUUUCCGAUGUCGUCAGUGUGUCCCUUGUGGUUAGCGGCUUGACUUGUAGGACUUGGGUUCCUUUCUUCCUGCCUCAUCCGAGCUUCAAUGAAGUGCUCUGGAAGAAAGGUUUGCAAAGAACCGCUCCACUCAAUAGCAUCAGGUUGUAAAUUACUGUAUAGCCCACUUAGAUCUGGUAUUGCCAAGAAAGGGGUUGCUUUGAGGGCCGCAUUAGCCAAAGGCCCCAUCAUGCACCUUUCACGCUGGAAACGCAUGGUGCUGUACUAUAUACAGUAUGUAUUGAUGUGUGUACACAGUGCAUUUGUAUGCAAGUGUAUACUGCAUGUCACAAAAGUGAGUACACUGCUUCUCAUGGAAACAACACUUGGAUCAAAUACGUCAACUCAUAAGCAUGUCUGAACCGCUGCAACAAGAGCGAGUGCAUCCCCGCCCAAUCAGCCCGUUCUUUUUCUCCCUGGUGUCACAUGACUUGUAGCGGUAGGUCUUAAAGCUCCACCUUGGAUCUCUCCCAACACACUCAAACUUGGCACUUCAUGGCAAGGAACCCAGAGUACGUUGAAUUGACGGCCUGUUUUUUUUUAGCUUGCUGGCUGAUGUUCCUCUACUUUCUACUUUUUAAGCGCAAAUGUCUUUCACCGCACCGGUGUUAAAAAAUGAAGGUGAUGGACCAGCGGUUUAGACAUGAAUGGUUGUGUGUUGGGGACAGUACACUGACACUGUUAUCCAGCUGUACACUGACUACUUUUAAUGGUAUCAAAGGGUUGUUUCCUCUGUUGUUGCAUGGGAAGAAAUGUAAGGGCUACUCAUUUUUGUGACAUCUCUAUUUUCUAUAUAUACUACAAACAUACAGUAGGUACACGUGUAUGUGUGUAUAUACAGUAUAUAUGUGCAUAUAUAUAUAUAUAGAGAGAGAGUAUACACACACACACAGAUAAAGUCGGGACCCACAGGACCUAUUUUUGGUGGUGGGUUUUCAGGGGUGGGGUGAAGAUGACAUCUGAUUUGCAUAAUGGGCCAUGAUGUAUAAAAACUGCAACUACUUGAAGGGGACCUAUUGUAGCUGCCCUUCAAUUAUGCCCAUCAAUAACACACGUCUUUAUUCCAUAUACACCGUGUAACCAAAACAUACAAUUUCCGUUAUUAUGACAAGGUUAAAAUGGGACCAAGUAAAAAGUGGAUGGAAAUUCCAAUUUUUCAUUCACUUUUAAGUCCUUAUAAAAAAGGUAACAAUUACCUCCAAAUUACCACAUUUUCAUUCUCAUUUUGCACCUUUUGUAUUGAGUAGUGGAGUCCUUUAGAGCAGCUACACAAAAUAACCCGCACACAAAGUUUUCUGUCUCUUCCAGAAUCUGCUGAACCUAUUCCAGCGCCCACUCCGCUGUGAUUGGUGAUUCCUAAAUACGAUUGAACGCCACUUUUAGCAGAGCUUGGGGGGAGGCCAGCCACGAGGCUUACAGCCACGCCUCUGUGACAUCACAAAGGGGCAGUUUUACCACGCCUUUUGAAACCAAGCUGAAACGUUGGCAUGGUUUAACACCAGAAUACAACAAUUCUGACUACAUUUAUAGGUCAGAAAAGCAUCAUAGGUCCCCUUUAAGACAUGGUUUUUGUGUUAUCAUUGGUAAUUAGUUCAUGUAAUUAACUAAUUUCACCCCAUUUUUCACCUUUGGACACCCUGAUAUUGUGUUUCGCCAAGUGUUACUGAAUGACAGAUGGCUCUUAGCGCUAUCGCUAUGAUCAUACAACAUAGAAUGACAUACAACAAUUUUCCACAAGGUUAAAAUUAUACAUGCAAGUUAAAAUAAUUUUAAUCAGUUAGCAACAUUGAGCACUUUUUGUAAGCAUCAUUAAUCUGGUGCCAUUCACCACUCUUCUAGAAGAGAACAACAACAGUUUUUAUAUGCACAUCACACCAUCACCCUCCCUCCGGGUCCAACCCGCGCCAGCUCCCGAGUGCACCCGUCCAAUGCCCGGCACCCCUGCAAACCUCACCGCCCUUCAACAGGGAGCCAAAAUGGCCGACCUUACUGGGGCGUAUGAGCCCCGAUUCAUCAUGUUUGGGUUGUUUUCUACUGUCAUUCAGCAGUGUUCAAAGUGACACCUGAUACCCAACCACCUGUACCUCUAUAGUGACCCCAAGACCUGACCCUGCAGUCCACAAGGCAGCCCUUAUGCAAGACGACAUUAUGACACAGUGUAAAUGAAAAGAAUGAAUACAAUAGACAUACCCAUUAUGGAAAUGGGGGGUAUGGGGGUCUAUACGGUACUGUGUGUUGGCGGCCCUGGAGCAGCAUGGCGCGUUACUACUACUCUAUAUAUGUUCAUAUAGAGUAUGGACUGUUCACAUACUACAUAGUCCUACCUGGAAUAAUGUAUCAUGUCUAUGUUGCUGCCUGCUUCCUUAUUUGGAAUCUUCCUAUUGCAUAAUGUCAGUCCAAACACUCGGCAUAUUCUGGGCCACGUGUUUGCCGCGGAGCUUUUCCCAGCCAUUGGAUCGGUCUUCAGUGCUUUUGCUGUGGAACGCUCGGAAGCUGUGCUGCGGCACUUUAAGCUGCACUCUAGGUGCUGUCUUGUGGUAAUUACUCGUAGCUCCAGCCAUGUAGUGGAAGCAUCUGUUCAUACUUCCUAAGACGAUAGAGCCCGUGUCCACGAAGGGUGAGGCAGUUAUGGACGGCCGUUAUUUGAGGAAAAAACGGUUAUGUACAUUUGUGAACGAGAAUAUAGCAUCCAUGACCACAACAAAUGAUAUAUCUGCAUUUGUAAUCCUCCAGCUGUUUGACUUUUGACUGUAAAUCUCCAAAAGCGUCACCAUACGACCCGUUUGUCAUGGAGGCCAUGUAUCCUGUCAUGCAGUAUCUGAAACUCAGUACUCAGUUUGUUAUCCUAUCUGGUCAAGGGCCAGUACUAUACAGAUGAAACUUGGGAAUUCUCAGGGAAUGGAAAGGCUCACCUGGGCAGGUUUCAUUGGCUUAUACUAAAAGACUAGAUAGGACAGACUACAUAUUUGCCUUUGAGCAUGCGAACUAAACAGGACAGCUCUAACCUGUCCUAUCUAGUCUACUGAGUGUUAUCCUGUGCUAUGUUGGGCCUAUUUAGUCUACCUAGUACUGUCCUAUUUAUUGCCAUCACUGUAAACAGACUCCAGGUCCAACGCUGUGGUACUAGAUAGGACAGACUAGAGUUGUCCUAUCUAGUACCACAGCUUCUAUCUAAUCUGCCUAGAGCUGUUCUACACAUACUAGAUAGGACUGACUGAAGCUAUGGUACUAGAGAGGCCAGUUCUAGUCUGUCCUAUGUAGUCUUUGAACAUGAGCACUAGGUAGGUUACAGGAAUUCAUGCUUACGCUCAAUGAACCGCAGCUACUGGCAGCACUUGUGCACCCCAGACCAUGGCCAUGCUACUCACUUUCCAGCUACUUGGACAAUGUCUUGACUCAAUGUUAGUCAAGUCAAGUUGAUUUAUCUAGUCCUUAACCCCAAAAUAGACAGUAGAGGACCGCAAACAAUAGGGUUCCUCCCAAGUAUAUCCUAUCUAUAGUAUAGUCCCUUAAAGGGAUACCGUAAUAACCACGGUUGCUGAAGUGUUUUGCUUUUGGAGCCAUGACUACGUUUGACAUGCGGCAGCCUCUCGCUGUCAUGGCAAGAAGAAAUGGAGGUGCUCUUAAUGUCACAGAACAGCUUUGGCCUCCGACAUCUGUUUAGUUUUGCUCGAUUCCUGCACACAUUUGCUUUGUCGCCGUAUGUUGCUUACUCGUAGGAGUGUUUUGUGCUGAACAAACAUGAAAAUGAUGAAGCUUUGUGUCAGCUGUCAUGGAAAAACGUGUUUCCUUGGCUGAGGCCUCACACGGUCAGUGUAUGUUAUUUCUCGAAGAGCACCCAAGCUUUUGGCAAAGGAAGCACGGAGAAGGUUGACGCUGAAGACCAUUGUGCUAUCUGGAUUUUUACACUGUAUUCUUCAUGUACCAUGUCAAUUGUGUGUUGUAAUUAUUCCAUGUAUGUACACCAGUGAGCUACUCUUUAUUUUCUUGCAUAUACGUUGCUGUUCUAGAUGUGUAAAUCAAUUAAAACUCACCCCUUUGCAUGUUAA